AUGCGGCUAUCCACACAGCCAGGCGUGCUCUCCCCCUUUCCUCGUAUCUCCCUUUGCUUCCUCGCCACUCCAGCGCCCCGCCACCGACGCGCCACCAUGCCACCGCGCCGCCGAGGAGCGUCGGGCUACCGCAGUGUCCACCAGUGCGCCAACGGCUGGUACUACACCGAGAUCCGGUCCGGCAACGUCCGGCUCGGCCUCAGCACCUUCGAGACUAUGCACGAGGCCGCCCGCACGUACGACGCGGCGGUGUGGCGCCUAUACAGGCCGCGCGCGCAGAUGAACUUCCAGGACGUCUACACGCGCCAGCAGGUGCAGGACGUCGCCCCUCCGCCUCGUCUUAUCACGGACUAG